CGCUUCCUGCCCUCGCCCCGAAGCCAGAGACGAACCUCCCUCCGGCAGCACAGCUCGGCUGCUCAAGCCUUUCUCCAGCGCGGCCCAGAAAACCUCCCGGUUCUGACCCGCUCCGGACCCGAUCUCUGACCCCCGCAGGGUGUGAAGAACCAACAGACGGCUGCCGGCGGAAGAGGCCAGAACCCAGGAUGAACAAGAAAGCCAUCUUCUGUCUGUCCUUCCUCCUCCUCAUGGCCGCCCAGAGCCAGAGUAAAGAGCUGGUGGAGUUCUGGAAAACUUCAGUCACCCUGUCCUGUCCAGAAGAUUCAGACUCUCCAGACAGUUAUACCUGGAAAAAAGAUGGCAACAAAAAAGAUAAUAAAGACCAAAACUAUAGGAUUGAGAAUUUCUCCAGCAAUGACGAAGGACUGUAUUCCUGUAUCCCAGAAUCUAAAAGUGCUUACUAUAUUUAUGUCAAGGGAAAGGUGUGUGAGAACUGCUACGAGCUGGAGAUUCAGACGGUGGCUGGUCUGAUACUGGGGGACCUCCUCGUGACGGGAGGAGUGGUCAUCAUCGUCUACUACUGGGCCCAGAGGAAGUCAGGGUCAGCACCUCUUGCCCCAGCGUCUCGCCCAGGGCGUCCUGAUCGCCCCCCACCGGUGCCCAACCCCGACUAUGAGCCUCUCCGGGCCGGCGCCCAGGACUUCUACAGUGGACUCCAAAAGAACCACUAAGAUCUUCCUCCCAGUCCGACCGCAGCCUUCCCAGUUCGCUCCUCCCGGUCUCCGCCCCUCCUCCCGAAACCAAGAGCCGACAGCCCGUCCUUCGGCGGUCCAAGGUCAACCCGCCGCCCGGUGAAAGAGACUCCAGUGGUGACACCUCCACGAAGUCUCCGCGUCUCUCUCCAUCUCUCUCUCUCUCUGCGCCGCUUCCGAGAAACAGCGAAACGCCGUCUGUCGCUCCCGUCCUCCGGCCGGGGUCUCGCCUGACAUCUGCGGGGCAGGGGGGUCGGGAAAGGCCGAGGAGACCACCGGCUGCUGGGGCAGGACCUCAUGCGUUCGAGGCGGCCUCUUGGCUGACGGUUGAUUUAUUUCAGCCAGCGGUCGCCUGAAGGAGACGGCGUCUGUUCGCAGUCCGAUAAACAAGCCUGCUUGUCCCAGCCGAGGAGUUCGGGGCCUGUCUACUGACACAGCGACUUCAGUCUGAUACAAGCGAUGUCUGUCACAACUAUUUCGUUAAGUAUUUCGAAACCCUUUGGAUAUGUGUUAUACUGUACUUUGGGCUGGGAGGUUUUAUAUAGUAUUACCCUUUACAGUGAGUGCAAUGAGUUUUUUUUUAAAACCUGGUUUCACGCAGUAUGUAUAUACAGCACGUGCUCGUUUCUAUCAAAUAACUUCAGGCAGAAGCUCCGCUUGAGCUUUUAAAUCUAAAUGACAAUUUUGUUUUCACCUUUCUUUGGCUGUGUCAAUUGUUUUACACCAUUUAAAGAAAUCUUUUCUUUUUUUACAAUACCUUAGCAUACAGUAUGUGUUGUAAAUUGGGCUAACAGUUUUAUUAAAGUAAUUCAU